CUGACGUACGGUUUCCCGAGUACACCAAGUAGAAACUCGAUAUGACAACUGAUAAAAGUCAACCAGGUGUUAUUAAAAAUGUUAACCCGGUCAUUGAUCAACUGUGAUCGAUCUGUGAUCGAUAAGUGAAAUCUAAUUUUCCAUUUUGGAACCGCGAUUGGCGGCGCAAGAUCAAUGAAGAAUGCCCGGUAUCAAAGCCGUCACCUGAAGCAGGUAGAGUUCGGAACAGGCUGAUAAGGCAAACAGAGUGGAGCUUCGACAAAACUGGAUACACCGUUUUGUAGUGCAGACUGGAAUUUUAUGUGUAAUACACCAUCUAUGUAUCUAUAGACUGGGGGUGAGAUUUGUGUAUAUUAAAGGAUUAUAUUUUUUUAGCCUAAUUCCCGCUUUGUUCCAUAAGAAGGAAACGCGAGGACCGGCGAACACCAUAGGCGAUGUUUUAUCGCAAUUAACGAUAUAUAGGAAAAUGAUAUUAAUUAAUUUCUAUAUCAAUUAAUCAUUAGUAAGUGCUUAAUGGACGAAGAAGUGAAAAACUUGGCAUCAAAUUACUAAUUUUCGAAGACUUUCCAACAGGAUUAAUUUUUUUUUAAUCGUAGAACAAAGCUCUAAAUGCAAUUGCACACCACGUGAUUGGACCAUUUUUUUCACGUAUUCUUAAUCAAAGGAAAAUGCUUUUGUCACCCAUUAUGCGUCACAUGCGUUUCUUUCCAAAUUCUAACAGAGAAGAUAAGUGAAAUAUUCUGUGAAAUAUAUUUUAACCGUUUGCAAUGCCGGCAUUGGAGGCACCGAGUUUCAGUUCCUCUCGAAUACAGAGAGCUUAUAGAAUAAACAACAUCGAAUAUGCAAAACUCCAAGGAAAAUUAAAUCUACUGGAGAAAGAGAAAAUUCAUUCCAAAAGAGUCAUAAACCAAGAUAUACGAUUGAUUUCUUUGACACUAGACUACAUUAACAACUGUAGCGGACACAGUCCUGAAGGCCUAGCACCUGAUUCUGAAGAGGAGUACGAACGAGAAGACGAAGGGCCUUGUUUCAUGUACGGUGAAAGAAUCGUCAGUCGCAAGAAAAGACGGUUCAAGCGUUCACAGUCGGCAGCAAUUAAUAGCAGAAGUUCCAGCAGUUUGUCAUCUAUUCCUUCUGUUUUACCGUCCGCCGUUCGUCCACAAAGUAGUCCUGUCGGUCGAGCCACAUUUGUGACGACUUUGCCGCCCAGAGACAAUGCGGGGGACAACGAUCCCUGUUCAGACAAAGAGUCGCUACACUCCGAGAGCACUUCGUUAUCAUGGAUGUCUGGGUCGUCAAGUCUCACGCGAAAACUCAUAAAAGCAAAUCAAGGACGACCCAGACGAGAAAGUCUGCAUGAAAAAGGAACUAAGCGAGUGCGCAGUCAUAGUUCUGCAAAUAUCCAAUCUCUAACACGACAGUUGAUGCCACUUGAUGGUGGUAGUAAAGGAAAUGCUCGUGAGGAACGCCGCGCAUCUACGUCACUGGGAUGGAAUGCUGGAAUAUCAGAGAUUCUGAACCAAAGGAGACCCACUGUGACAUCUGACGCGUGGAAAUCACACCUUGCUGGUCAGUCUAAAUUUGGUGCUGCUCCUAUGUCAAUGGCCUCACAGAGGCAAAGAAUUAUGAACUGCAAACUGCAGAUUAACGAAGAACGAAAACAUGCCGUCAAUCAAAAGUUUAAAGAUUUUAUGAAAAAGAUUGGUUAAGGAUCCGUUUUUUAAGAGAUUUCUAUUUUUCAUUAGCAGUUGAUAUUUUUCUCAUGUUUAAGAGUACUUUCAACUUUUAUAUUCAGAAUUUUAUAUCAAAUGGUUUAAAGACAUACUAAGAAGGCUCAAAGAUGCUAUAGUUUGUCAUAUUUCGUAUGAAUGAUCCAAUGUAUAAUAAAGCUAAUUUAUAUGCCAUUUUA